CUCAAAACCUACCAAUUUGCAGAGACGAAAGAAAUUUGAUAUUUCAAUAGGGGAGGUCUCUUGAUCUCGACGACGUUCUCAAGCAUGGCUGGAACGACUACGAUGACCAGCACAACGCUCCGCUCCCGUUCUAAACUAAGCGAAGUCGAGGUGGAGAAAGGGUUGAAGAUCAUCAACGACGGCAUUGAACGCCUGAAGAGAGUUGCCGCAGAUCCGUCUUCGCUGCGGCCACCGUUCAAUUCCCAGGAAUACUCGCUGUUAUACACCACAACAUUCAAUCUGUGCACUGGGGGGGGGGGGAUGAGUAUCGUCUACAAGUCUACGACCUGUGCAAGCAAGUUCCAGUAGAUUUCAUCAACUCUAUGGGUGUGCCACCAGUAGAUGAAUUUUCGUUGGAGGAAUUUGUCAAGAUUUGGUCCAGGUAUAAACAGAUUUCCAAAUGGUUGCUCCAUAUCUUCGCUUAUCUUGACCGUAAUCAGAGGAAUUGCCCUACAUUGAAUCAAGUUGCGCUUACUUGCUUCCGUGAUAUGGUAAUUAAAUCUUUGUUGCGCCGGCUCAUGACUCAAUCUAGCAUUCUAGCUACUAAACUCCGUUCUUUUGUUGUAAAGCGAGGAAGAAAUCUUAGUUAUUCUGAUCGCCCCAUCAGUUUGAAAUUAAUGAUCGGCUAUUACUGUUCUUCUUUUAUGAGGUUUUUUUGGGCAUAUCUGAUAAAGUGGAGAGAGCUGCCAUAGAGUUGAUUGCUUCAGAAAGAGAAGGAGGCAAAGUUGAUGGAGCAUUGUUGAGGGGUGUCGUUGAAAUUUGUUUUCAAUUUGGAAUGAAAAUAAUGGAUUACUAUGAAGACAAGUUGGGAAAAGAUGCAUAUUUAUGUCCAGAAUACAUGUUGAAGUGUGAGGAAUGUUUGAGGAAAGAGAAGCUUAGAGUGGAAUAUUACUUGUAUUCAAGUGGCAAACACAACUAUUUGGAGGAAGUGCGAAAUGAGUUGGUGUUGAUUUACCAAAACCAGUUGCUUCAGAAUGAGCAUUCUAGUUGCCAUGCAUUGCUAAAGAAGAACAAGAUGGAAGUUCUCAAGACGAUGUUCAGGCUUUAUGAUGAUGUUACCAUGGGAUUAGAUCCUAUUGCAAAUAUCUUCAAAGAGCAUAUCAUUGAUGAGGGGAAAGCCUUAAUCCAGUGGGAAAAAGAUAUUACGAUGCACCAUAUUGUUGCCUUGGAAUUAAAAAAGCUAUACCGCAAGUUUAUGGAUAAUGUGACGGACUACUUCAACGGCCACACAAUUUUUGACAAGGCUUUGGAGGAAGCAUUUGAGGUACUCUUGGACGAAGGGGUUGUUUGUAGAUCAAUUGUGGCUUUAUUUAAGACCAAUUUGAACAAAGAGGUUGCUAGUAGAUCAAGUGUUGAUCCGGCAGAGUCAUCUUUUUGUGAUUGUAUUCUCAAGCAAGUUGGCUUUGACAGAGUAAAGGCCUCACAGAUAAUGGCUCAGUUAGAAAAGCUGCAUAUGAGAAGCAUCUAAAAUUUUAGUUUUAGUUUAGUUGGCUAAUGAUAUUACUAAAUGCUAGUUAUUGGUGUUGGCCAAUGUCUCCAAGCCAAAAGUGGGCCUUGGAGUCUUCUAUAAUUUGAUUAGUUUCUUGGGAUUCUAGAAUCUAGAUGCAACAAUAACAUUCAUGAAUUACU